AUGCCACCUGAACCAAGCUUGAGAGCAGCUAUUGGGUGUCCUUGGCCCCACGUGGAGGAGAUAAAGAUGGCUUCCAAGCGCAUCACCCAGGAGACCUUUGACGCAGCUGUUCGCGAGAACAUCCAGGAGUUUGAGAUGGGGCCGGAGGAGGCGGUGAGAGAGGCCGUGGAGCAGUUUGAAUCUCAAGGGGUUGAUCUGAGCAACAUUGUAAAGAUGACCCCAAAAGUCUCUGCGGAUGGACCCCAGGAUCCCAUACAUGACAUCCUACAGGCCCUGGAUGACCUGCAGGAGUCUGUGGCCCGCUCGCACCCCCAGGAGGUGUCCGCACACCUUGCCCGCUUUUGCGAGCAGUGCAAGCAGGAGAAGGCCUGCCGCUUUCUGGCAGCCGAGAAGGGGGCCUACUCCAUCCUCCUGGAGGCCUGGAAGUUGGCCGCGGCGGGCGACCAGGGCCUCCUCCUCCAGGCCCUCAGUGCCCUGUCUGCCCUGACGGAUGGCCAGCCCGACCUCCUGGACACCCAGGGCCUGCAGCUGCUCGUGGCCACGCUGUCCCACCAUGCUGACUCGGCCCGCGUGACCUGCUCCGGGAUCCGCUGUGUGCGCCAUGCCUGCCUGAAGCACGAGCGGAACCGGCAGCGCCUGGUGAAGGCCGGCGUGCUGCCCCUGCUGACUGGCGCCAUCGCCCGGCACAGCCACUGUGCCGACGUGGUCCGCGAGGCCUGCGGGGCCCUGCGCGUCAUGACCUUUGAUGACGACAUCCGUGUGCCCUUCGGUCAUGCCCACGACCACGCCAAGAUGAUCGUGCAGGAGAAUGGAGGCUUAAAGGUGCUCAUUGAGGCCGCCAAAGUGUUCCCCGACAAUCCCAGCAUCCUGAGCGAGCUCUGCAGCACCUUGUCCCGCCUGGCUGUCCGCAACGAGUUCUGCCAGGAGGUCGUCGACCUCGGGGGCCUCAGCGUCCUGAUGGCCCUGCUGGCUGACUGCAGUGACCACCAGGAGCUGGUGAAGCAGGUGCUGAGUGCUCUGAGGGCCAUCGCAGGCAACGAUGAUGUGAAAGACGCCAUCGUCCGCGCCGGUGGGACCGCGUCCAUUGUGGCCGCCAUGACCCGGCACCUGGCCAGUGCCCAGGUGUGCGAGCAGAGCUGUGCAGCCCUGUGCGUCCUGGCCCUGCGCAAGCCAGCGAACAGCCGCGUCAUCAUGGAGGGCGGCGGGGCCCAGGCCGCGCUGCAGGCCAUGAAGGCCCACCCUCAGGAGGCUGGCGUCCAAAAACAGGCCUGCAUGUUGAUCCGGAACCUGGUGGCCCGCAGCGAAGCCUUCUCACAGCCCAUCCUGGACCUGGGGGCUGAGGCCCUCAUCUCGCGAGCCCGAGCCGCCCACCGCGACUGUGAGGAUGUGGCCAAGGCCGCCCUGCGGGACCUGGGCUGCCACGUUGAGCUCCGGGAGCUCUGGACUGGCAAGAAGGGCGACCUGGCGCCGUGACCGCAGGCCCAGUGUGCGCUGCGACUCUGGGCGAGUCGUGUGACUCAGGAACGGCCUGGGGGCAGGCCAGCUAUCCGUGUCCUGCCACUCUGCCCCCAGCUUCCUCCCCCGUCCAGAAGAGGACUUUUCUGACCGGUGCCAGGUGGAGGCCAGGGAGCGGGAAGGGAUUCUUAGUGAGGUACCCGCACGGCAGAAAGUGGCCCCUGGGUCCUGGCCCCUCUGCGCGCCCUUCCACUCAGUCGCCGGUUGAGAGCGUCGGCUUCAUCUGCCCUGUGUCACCCCACCCCCACCCCACUGCCCUUUGCUAGGAGAAGUGCCCCCUCAGCGUUGCUUCCGGCUGGAGGUCCGUCUGAAAUCUGGAAACCGUCCUGGCUGAUCUCAAAGCAGGGCAGGGAUCCUGCUUCUGUUCCUGCAGGUCCACUCGUCACUGCUGCGGCGUCUCUCACCUGUAAGUUGGGCCCCGGUGCCUCGCCGUGCUGACCGGAGGACAGGGACCAAGGCUCGUUGGUCUCCAGGUGUCCCAGGCCAGCCAGUGGAGCCUGGUAAUAAAAGACUGUUGGUUGAACA